CCUCCUCGGCAGACAGAAAAAUAACAACACCAAAAACAAAAAGAACGUCGUAGAACAUAUUUUAUUAAUCGGACAUCUCUCGAAAAGAAGAAAGUAUUUGGAAGUUUGCUCCAAGUUUUGUACCGUUGUCACUUGCAUUCUCCCUCCAUAGAUAAAUUUCCGAAUUGGCUGAAUACUAGGAAAGAAGUCUUCUCAAAACAAGUGGACCCACCAAUAACAUUUCAAGACGGCAGCAGAACGUAAAAAUCUUCAACAUGUAUGCCUUUGUACGUAGUUACAAAAAAUAUGGCUUAAAUACACAAAUGGUAUUACCUUCGAAAAAGUAUACCACAACCCACAAUCGUUCUCAUUUUGCCCUGAAAUAUCGCAUAGAGCCUCAGGGAUAUGUUGGUCAGGUCAGCAGCCGUUCGGCUCUUUUGCCGGGCCACUAUUAUCUACCCUUGGCCGCAGCUGACUAUCAAACAGCUGUCUCCGGCUACAGCUACAACUCUAGCCGCCACUUUCAUCUGGGCCAACGUUUGUACGAACAGCCCUCUUCCAAGGUUGAGGUUACGGUGCAAACAAUGAAGAACAAACAAAAGGAAAAGGUCGAAGAGAUUAUGAAGGAAGUUGCCAAUGGCUCGGCCCCCACGCCUCCUGCUGCGGCUGGUGCUGUGGAAGUUGUAAAUAACAAACUGGCCGAAACUCCCCAAAAACAGGUGGCCGUUAAAAAGCCCCUCAAGACCCGCAUCUGGGAGGAAAUUGUCCAUUACUAUCAUGGUUUUCGUUUGCUUUUCAUCGACAUCAACAUUUGCCGUAAACUCUUGUGGCGUGUCUUGAAUGGCAAGACCUUGACGCGGCGUGAAAAUAAACUGCUGGUGCGCACCACCUCCGAUAUGUUUCGUUUGAUUCCCUUCUCGGUGUUCAUAAUUGUGCCCUUCAUGGAAUUGCUAUUGCCGGUGUUUAUCAAAUUUUUCCCCGGCAUGUUGCCUUCGACAUUCCAAACGGCCAAGGAGAGGGAGGACAAGCUGAAGCAAAAUGUGCAAGUGCGUCUGGAAAUGGCCAAAUUCUUGCAAAAGACUCUGGAUGAGAUGGCUGUGCAGCAUAAGGAGCAUAAGAGUGAAGAUGCCAAACAGUUUGAUGAGUUCUUUCAGAAAAUCAAAAAUCCCACAGAGUAUGUGUCCAACGAUGAGAUCAUCAAGUAUGCCAAGCGUUUUGAGGAUGAAAUAACGCUGGAUUCCUUGUCCAGGGAUCAAUUGGCCGCCCUCUGCAAAGUUUUAGAAUUGAAUACGGUGGGUACCACCAAUCUGCUUAGGUUUCAAUUGCGCAUGAAACUGCGUUCUUUGUCUGCCGAUGAUCGUGUGAUUGCCCGCGAGGGGGUGAAUUCUUUGGAUUUGUGGGAAUUGCAACAGGCCUGCAAGGCCAGAGGCAUGCGUGCCUAUGGACUAACUAAAGAAAAAAUGCGCACCCAGUUGCAGGAAUGGAUUGAUUUAUCGCUCAACGAGAAGGUGCCUCCCACGCUGUUGCUGCUUUCGCGCACCAUGCUUAUCUCUGACGACAGCAUAACCACCGACAAACUCAAGGAAACCAUACGUGUCCUGCCCGACUCGUUGGCCGCCCAGACCAAGGCUGCCAUUGGAGAACGUGAAGGCAAAAUUGAUAAUAAAACCAAAAUUGAAAUCAUCAAAGAGGAAGAGCGCAAAAUCAAAGAAGAAAGAGAGGAAGAAAGAGAAGAGGCCCAAUCCAAGGCAGCCGACAAGAUAUUGGAAAUUGCCGACAAAGCUCCUGUCAUUGAUGUCACCAAGGAUCCAGCCACCUUUGAUGCUGCCCAGGUUAUUAAGGAUUCAGCCAGACCCAUAAUCACUGUGUUAUCGGCAGCCGAAGAACUGGCCGCUGAGAAGGUGGCUGCCAAGGCCAUCUCCGAUGAGGAGAAAACUCUUACCUCCAAGGAUGUGGAAUUGCUUAGCGAGGCUUUGAAAACUCUCUCGAGUGAUAAGAAAAUGGUUGUCGAAAAGGAAACCAUUAAAGAUCUCAAAGAGGAGCUGGAGGAAUACAAAGAGGAUGUGGAGGAAUUGCGUGAAGUGCGUCAAGUGGUGCAGGAACCCGUCAAAGAGAGCAGAGCAGCCAAAAUGCUAUUCAAAAAGGUUAAUAGCAUGAUUGGCCAAUUGGAUAAGGUGCUGGAUGAUUUGGAAAAGAAACAAAAGACCAAGACAAUACCGGCCGAUUUAAGCCCUGAAGAAAAGCAGAAGAUCGAACAAGAGGUCAAGUCAAGGGAACAAGAUAUAGUGCAAAUCGAAGAUUUGGUGCAGACAAUUAAAAAGCUGAAACAAACCUCCGAUGAGUCUAGACUUAAGCAAAUUGAAAAUGUGCUCAGUAAAUUAGAUGCUGACAAGGAUGGUGCAAUUUCGGUGGACGAAGUCCUGAAGGUAGUUGAGGCCAUUGGCCGUGAAAAUGUAAAACUGGAUGAGAAGCAAUUGGAAGAAUUAAUUUCCCUGUUGGACAAGGAACAAGUUAUUGAAACCCAGGAUAAAAUUGAAAAAGCCCUGGCCAAGAGCAUCAAAGAAGCUGAUAGUGUCACAAAAAUGGCCGGUGAAAUUAUUGAGGCUGAGAUGGCUGCUGCAGCGGCAGCCGCAGCUGAAGCUAAGAAAAAUCCCUUGACCGAUGAUCUACUGGAUUGUGCUAAAGUGGUAAAGGAAAAUGCUUUGGAUCUGGAUGAGCUGGAUAAGAAAAAUGUUCUGAAAACAGAGCCUACUAAACCAAAUCCAACUGAUGCCGCUAUGCGUGAAGCAGCCGAUCAACAAAAAGAAAAGAUUUUACCUAAGGCGGAUAUGAAUGCAACAAUGCCAACUCCACCCACAAUACCAACACCACCGCCACCAACAACAACAAAUACACAAACAAAUUCAAAGGAUAAAAUGAUAUGACUUGAUGAGGAGGGGGCUGCUGAAAACAAGCAUAAAACGAACGAAACCAAUACUUCAACAAAAAAGGGACAAUAAACUCACAGGUCAACAACACCAACACCAACAACCACAUCAACAACUAUAAAAAAAGAGCAAAACCAUAUAGCAAACAUUAACCAGUCUUUGCUAACAUUAACUAAACUUUGUUACAACUUUGGCAGCAAAGCUCAACAUUUGAAAGCUCAGUUUCCGUUUAUUGUGUCUCUCCCAUAUCGAUAACAUGUUAUUUCUUAGAUGGUGAUAUUGCCAGAGGUCUACUACGUUGAGGCUUUUCAAGUCUAGCCUCUGUGUUUGAAAUUCCUUUUAAGCUUUUGUUUUUUUUCUACAUGGUAAAUGUUAAUUUUAUGUUUUUUUUUUUUUGCAUAAAAAAGAAUCAAUGUUUACAAAACUACUUAAUAGUACCUUAAUGACAAACGAUAACUUUAGUUUCAUUAUGUAACUAAUUAUAAAUGAUGAAGAUGAUGAGAUUUAUAAUUUGAAAGUUUCCUUGCGCUACUUACACCUUUCCACUGCUGUUCUAUAUUUCUUUUAGUUAUUUUUGUUUUCUUUUGCACCCCAUUUUUUUUUUGUAUUUAAUUUUCAUUUACAUAUGAUACAUAUGUCAAACGAAUGAAGAAACAGGAAAACAAGAAUAAAAAAAACGAAACCAAGGCUGUUUUAAGUGAUUUCUAAAGAAUUUUAUUUUCAAACUUUCUCUUCGAGUUUAGUUUCCUUUUUUUCUUUUCUUUAUAACUUCAAUGCCCAAAGCAAGGAUUUGAAGUGUCACCUGUAAUGUUUAAAGUUAAUUUAUUUAGUAAAACAUUUAAAUUUAGCUACAUCUACUAUAGCACAAACUGAUUUAAAAAUAAAGAUGAAGAUUGUAAAGAGUAUGAAAAAGAGAAAGAAAAAUAAAGAUAUUUUUUUAUAUGUCUAAUAAAUUGAAAA